AUGGCGAUAUCAUCAUACGAAGCGGGCCAGGUUAUGAAAGCAUGUCCAGGCUGCUCUUAUCACAGGGCUAUCAACCUGCUAGAGAUGUGCGAAGGGAAUUUAGAACAAGCCAUCGCCAAAUACAGGUUCCUGGAAGAGGAGCUUCAAGAUGGUGAGGAGAGCGACAGAGCUUCACCUGGCGCAAUCUCUCGCACUGAGUCCAAGAAUUACGAUGCUGCUGUAGGGGAAUGCAGCAUAGCUUCGGCGGCUGAAGAGGAUCGACACUUCGCUUGGUCUACUCUGCCAUGCAUUCCAAACCCUGGUAAGCUGACCAACAGCGGAUCUGAUGAACUUUGCGCGCUUGAGCUAGAGAGACUUGUUGGAGCAAUUCAAGCAGGAAUCAGUCCUGAACGCCUGCGCGAGUAUCUCGGGUGUUAUGACGCCAAGAAGCUCCGCAAUACCAUCAACACAUUGAUCCGAGGGUAUCCUGCAAUAUUCUAUGUGGUUCAAACUCACAAAAUUUCCUUGAUACGCCAAUGGAUCAAGCACGGGGGAGACCCAAAUGCAACAUGUGGCAAGGACCAAUUUCCCUUGAUUGCUUUUGCCAUACUACAACAGACCAAUACAGGUCGCACAAACACCCAGACCCUGGCAACCCUUCUUCGAUGUGGUGCCACACCUACGAGUAUUCCUCAAUCGUUCUACGAUCCUUAUCAUGAAGACCUGCGUGAAGGAGGCCCGGAAAGCAUUCACUUGCACGAUAUCAUGGAUGAAAACAAGGCUUGGUGUACGCCCCUCAUACGCGCACAUCUGGCUGCUGCGUUAAAUAUAACGCAACGAUAUGAGUUGUACAGGGCCGGAAAGAAGGGCGAGUACUCAGGACGAGAGAAAAUGCUUGUCCAGCGUCAAAACUCCGAAGAUGUUCUUGGUGUAUAUCAAAUGGUCAUUGGACAGUCGAUUGCUACGAGAUGGCUCAACGACAAGUUGCUCACUUACUUGGCGAGGCAGGUAAAAAGACCAUUAGUACUUGUAUUUGCUGGUCCCAGUGGUCAUGGAAAGACUGAGCUUGCUCGACAAUUUGGUGGCUUGAUGUCAUUGGACAUCCAUGAGGUCGACUGUACUAUAUUCAAGCGUGAGAAUGAACUUUUCGGUCCAAGAAAGCCCUACGAAGGUUGGGAGUCUGGAUCGCCGCUCAACAAUUUCUUGUCUCGCAAGAGUGGUGAGCGAAGUAUCGUAUUCCUGGACGAGUUCGAAAAAACCGGCGAAGAGAUCCACAACACUCUGUUGAUUCCAUUCCAGGAUGGUCGGUAUGAGGAUCGGCGUGAUGAUUCACGUGUGGAUUGCUCCAACACAAUAUGGAUACUGGCUACUAAUAAACUAGACGAAACGAUACACUCCUUCUGCAAGGAAUACAGAGACACUCUAUUCGACUCCGACGACGAAAUGGCGCAGGAUAAGCUUGUUCAAAAGCUCUGUAAGCUACUUCGGAAAGAAUUCAUAACCCACUUUGGGGCACCGAUUACAGGACGCAUCACCGAGUUCCUUCCGUUCCUUGUCUUCUCUCCCCCUGAACAGACAAUUGUGGCACACAAGGCAUUCCUGGACUUCGAAGCAGACGUUACCAAGCCGGUAUACUUGGCUCCCAACAAAGACGAAGACGUCUACAUUGGACAGGUGAAAAUUGAAGUCAAACGUGAAGCUACAGUGUUCGCCACGAUUGCUCACGAGGAGUACAUACCUGGGCUGGGAGCUCGGAGCGUCUUCCACGGUGUAGAGCGUAUAAUCUGUGACCCUCUUGCCAGAUUGUAUCUGAAGAACGGCGAUGAGUUCUGCGCGGGUCAAGGUACCACCAACUUUGUUGUCGGUUUAGAUAUCGAUCAAGAAGUGGAGGUAAAGGUGGUCUCAGGGCCUAGUUUAAAUUGA